UGCUACACCCGUGCAUUAGUACCUACUAAUCUGACAAAAUUGCAAGUCCAAAUAUUUACACGAUUUUUAGUUUCACUCUGAUUCAAUGUAGACAGGAAAGAUUGAGGGCAAUCAAAUCCCCAUGCAGCGAGACAAUCGGUUCCAUUGUUUUACAAAUAUUUUUACAAACUAAUGUGUAACAAUAAAAGAGGCACAUUUUUCGUACCGCUAAUGCAGUGACAUGUCAGAAGACAGGACGGAUUGUAAUUAAGCCCAUGUUGGCAGAUCCGUCUGGAUAAGAACGUGACGAUUUUCUACUCGACUAAAGUCAUGGCGUCGUCCCGACUGUGGGCAUGUGCCUUAUUUUGUGGAUUGAUAUCACUAACGGAGGCAAGAAGUAGUGCACACAAGGUUUCGUCGCCAGCGAAACGAGAGUAUGGCACCGCGGAAGGGCUGCUGGCCUCCGCCGCGAUAGAAUCCAUCCUUGAAACACCACAAAUUAAGUCAUUUCUCGACCCGGCGAAAGUAAAGUCCGCUUUGGACAAUGAAAUGGUCAUGGCAGCAACGCCGGAAGCGAUCGAAGCCAUCUUUGCCGCUCCCGUGAUCAAAGCGCUCCUCACGCAGGAAAUGUUCACAGCCUUUUUGGGGAGCAAGUUUCUCAAAGAAUUUGUAACUCCGGACACGAUAUCCGCCUUGCUUAACGCUGAACCCCUCGCUGCCCUCACAACGGCUGAGAAUCUCAAAAAGAGUGCAGAUUUUACGCAGAUUUUGUCCCCCGAAGUUCUAACGGCGAUCCUGAACUCGAAAACGGUAAAGAAUUUGUUGACCCCGGAAGGCGUCGGGAUCAUUCUCAACAGUCCUGGACUUGUCGCUGCGUUUUCGCCGAAGACGAUUGAAACCGUCCUCGCCACGGAUUCGGUCAAGGGCAUGUUAUCGCCGGAGCUGGUGUCACAGGUUGUGAACAGCGGUGUUUUUAAGGCAGCCUUGAAUCCGGAAGCGUUAAAGGUUCUGUUGAAAAAUGAAGACAUGAAAAAAUUAGUGUCGCCCGCAUCGCUAAAAAUAAUCAUGGAGAGUCCCGUCAUUGCGGAAGCGGUGAAGUCGUCGGGUGAUUUAAUUGCGGGUUUGAUAACGCCCGAGAUGGCGAAGGAUGUCUUCAACUCGAAAAUAUUGACGGAUUUGUUAACUCCGGACACGGUGAAGAAAGUCCUGGAUAAUACCAUAAUUAAGAAAAUUCUUGACCCCAAACUUUUCCAAGCCGUGUUGACCUCGUCCUCUGCGAAAGGGUUCCUUGUUCCUGAGACGUUCAAUACACUUUUAGCGAGCAAAGAGCUCCAAUCAUUCCUCGCUCCGGAUAUCAUGGAUAGUUUGCUAAAAAGUCAGGCUUUGAAGACUCUCCUGGCCCCGGAAUCUAUAAGGGAUUACAUGAACAGCAAAGUAGCCGUGGCCGCGUCCAAUCCUGAUUCAUUGGGACGUAUUUUAAACUCUGACCUGGUCGCGGAUAUCUUCACACCGAAAGCCGUCAAGUUACUGUUGGACACAAAAGUUUCGAAAACGGUCAUGUCGAUGGACACAAUUCGAACCAUCCUGGACUCCAAAACGGCUAAAAAUGCCCUCUCUUCCGACUCAUUGCACGCCCUUAUCGACUCCUCCGUGGCCAAGGAGCUCUACACGACGAAACAUGUCGUCGAAAUUUUGAACAAUGACAUCCUCGCGGGCGCCGUGUCGCUUCCGAAUUUAAAAUAUUUAAUGAACUCUGACCUCGGAACGAAACUCUUUGAUGGGGAUUCACUCGAUAAGAUUGUGAGCACGAAAGUGUUGAUGAACGUUUUGCAUCCGGAAACCUUUGGACCGAUUAUUCUCAAGAUUGCGCAACACAGGGUGGAGUCCGGGGUGGGAGAGGUGUUGGGUGGGUUGAAGAAGAUGAGUGGUGGUGGUGAGGAAAGUGGGAGUGGUCACAAGAAGAAGGGGAAAAGUGAAGGGGGAGGAGGGAUUGGAAUAGGGAGAGGUUUCGGGGCACUGGAAGAUGUCACUGGUUUGUUGGGAUGAUGUGAAAAUAAAUUAUUUUACAGAGAAAAAAUUGUGUUAGCAUCUUAAUUUAUGAAGUAGCUUCGGCUACUUUAUGUGAAGCCUUUGUCCGUCCGUCCGUCCGUCUGUCUGUCUGUCGGAUAACGGGAGAACCGAUCGAGAUAAUCGAAAUCGGUUUGCGGCAUCAUAUACAUGUCCCCAGGGGGAGGAUCGUAUCAACUUUGUGGGGUCAAUUGGCCCCCCUCGAGGUCAGGGGGUAUGGUCCCAUAUUAUUUGGGU